AUGAGCAGACAGAAAGAGGCUUUGGCACAGAAGUCUUCUGACCUCCCUGCUCGUGCUGAGCAGGAGGAGGAAGAUCGUCAGCGACGAUUGACAGAACUCCAAGCGGAGGUUGAGGAAUUACAAAGCGAAGAAGCAGCAUCUCAAGCCAAGUGGAACGACCAAGAAGAGACACGUCGACAAGAGGCGGAGAGCCGAGAAACAAAAGCGCAAGAGCUCAAGGCUGAGCUGGAAGAGACACGGAAAGCCAUGGCUGAGGAGCAGAGGCGUUACAAGGCGCAGUCGGUGCAGAUUGUUGAGAAGAUGUCGGAGCUUCGCCGAAUCGAGGCGGACAGACAAGGCAAGUUGGACAAAGUCCAAAAAGACAUUGACGAGUUUGAUCGUCAGUUUGGCGAAGAGCAGGAGUCGUUGUCCAGCCGCCGUGCUGGCCUUCGACAGAAGAGCCAAGAGCUCCACUCCCAGGUGGAAGCCCUGCAGGAGGAGAGCAGAUCAGCCAAAGCCGUGAUAGAAGAGGACCAGCGGAAGCAAGAGGAAGAGAUUGCUGAGCUGGAGCGCAAGAUCGAGGAAUGCGCCUCGCAGAGCCGGACCUUCACCGAAGACCUCAAAAAAGUUUCUGCAGACAGAACCGUUGAGGAGCCGGAUGGCGAGGCCAUUGAAGUCAAGCUCGACGAAAUGAGUGAUGAAGAGAAGGAGCAGGUAAGUCAGAAAGCAUCUCUAAAGGUCCUCAGAGCUGUCAAGGGCAUGAAGAGCUGCGAUGCUGAAACCAUCAUAGAGGCUCUGCAGGCCUUGGAAGCGGCACUCAAUGAGCACUUCCCGCUCACAGGUGAGCUCGAAGCGGAGCUCCAAGAGGAGGCCGGCGCGGCCCUGGAGGCAAAAGCCAAAGAGCACGGCCUCCGCCCUUUGUCGCAGUGCUCCAAGGGAGAAGGUGGUGUGCAGGCAGAAGCAGGAGAGGAUGCCGUCAUGGAGGAGAAGCCGGAAGAGGAAGAGGAGGAGAAGGACGACGAGAAGGACGAAAAGGACGAGGAGCCAUCAAACUUGACAUGUGAGGAGGCGGAAGAUGACGAGGCUUGGCCUGGAGUCCAGGAGCCGCUUCAUGGGAGCCUUCUGCGCGCGAGGAGCCUGAGAAAGACUCACCAAAGCCACCUCCUCCUGAGGAGAGCGCUUGUUGUUCUCGGUGUGUUUAUGUGUUUUUCGGUUGUUGUCAUUUCUGUCUCCGCCCCCUUGCUGACCGUUUGA